AUGUCCAGUGGUGCCUUUUCUAUUGAUCAGCUCAUGGAACUGGCCGGGCUGUCUGUCUCGCAAGCUGGCGGAGACGGACUCGUUGCUGCCAGACACCUGAGACAUUAUGGCUAUGAGCCUUCCGUCUUCUACCCCAAGCGUAGUAAAACCGAUCUGUAUCAGCGCCUGUCCAAACAGCUGGAGGACUUGGAUGUUCUGUUCGUCGAUGACUUCCCGACGGCCCUCGGAUCGGCCGAUCAUGUCGUGGAUGCUAUAUUUGGUUUCAGCUUCUCGGGUGAGGUGCGGGAACCAUUCCGGGCCGUUAUUAAAGCCCUCGAGGAGACCGACCUCCCUGUGACAUCGGUAGAUGCUCCGUCAUCGUGGGAUAUUGAAACCGGUCCGCCAACAUCCGGUGUCGGGUGCAACUUUCAUCCAGCUGUUCUUGUCAGCCUCACAGCUCCCAAGCCACUUUUGAACCAUUUCAGGGGUCGCCAUUUUAUUGGAGGAAGAUUUGUCGCUCCGUCAAUCGCGCAAAAGUAUGAUUUCGAUGUGCCGGAAUAUUCAGGGCUCGAUCAGGUGGUAGAGGUGGGAAGCACUGAGGUGAAGCUGUAA